UCUAAAACGAGAGAGAGAGAGACCAUACGCUGCCCCCUGUGCUCACACUGAAGUUGUGCUGUGUACAAUCCUUCAGCUUUUGAGUUGGAUUUGUAAAGUUAUUCUCGUCAGAUUAUGAUGGCUUCACGGGUAUUUAAGUUUAUAUGGAUGAUGAAAAAUGAACUCAUUCUGUUCUGCACCCCGUUUCUUCUGCUUCCUUUGCCGCUGGUCAUCGGAACAAAGGUAGCCAGAUGUGCAUAUGUCGUUGCAUUAAUGGCAGUGUACUGGUGUACAGAGGUGCUGCCGCUGGCGGUCACUGCGUUACUGCCGGCUGUGCUCUUUCCUCUAUUUGGAAUCAUGGAGUCCAAAGAUGUUUGUAUGCAGUACCUGAAGGACACCAAUAUGCUGUUUCUGGGUGGACUGAUGGUGGCUGUUGCCGUUGAGCACUGGAACCUACACAAGCGGAUUGCACUGAGGGUGUUGCUCAUCGUGGGUGUGCGCCCUGCUCUGCUAAUGUUGGGCUUCAUGUUGGUAACCGCCUUCCUCUCCAUGUGGAUCAGCAACACGGCCACCACAGCCAUGAUGGUGCCCAUCGUUCAAGCUGUACUCCAGCAGCUCAACAACACAGCAGAACAAGAACAAACGUCCCCUGCGGAAAUCGAAGAGAAAAGUACCGAAAAACAAAUCAACACCCAGGAGCUUCUGGAUUGCAGAGUCUUCCCAAUGGAAUCAGAUGCAGAACAUCAUCGGGAUGCAGCUGAAAAGCUAAAGAUGUGUAAAGGCUUGACACUAUGUGUGUGCUACGCAGCCAGCAUCGGUGGUACAGCUACACUCACCGGCACUGGACCAAAUCUGGUACUUAUGGGUCAGAUGAACCAACUUUUCCCAGACAACCCUGACAUCAUAAACUUUGCAUCAUGGUUCGCGUUUGCCUUUCCUAACAUGAUCAUCAUGCUAAUAUUGGCGUGGCUGUGGCUUCAGAUUGUCUUCUUGGGUUUCAACUUCAAGAAGACAUGGGGCUGUGGGACGGUGAAGACAGAGAAGGAGAUUGCCGCAUAUAAUGUCAUCAAAGAGGAGCACCAACGCCUUGGCCCAAUGUCCUUUGGGGAGCUGAGUGUCCUAGCACUGUUCGUCCUGCUGGUGUUGCUUUGGUUCACUCGGGAACCAGGCUUUGUGGAUGGAUGGGCGACACACCUUUUCAAUGCUGAUAAAGAGUUUGUGACAGAUGCCACAGUUGCUGUGUUCGUAGCUGCCUUGCUUUUUGUCUUUCCCUCUAAACCACCACAUCUAUGCUUCAGGAGGGGACAGAGUUUUGACGAAGAUAGUGGCCCAACGCCAGCUCUGCUCACAUGGAAGGUGACACAGAAGAAGAUGCCGUGGAGCAUCAUCCUGCUGUUAGGAGGGGGCUUUGCGCUGGCUAAGGGCUGUGAGGUCUCGGGGCUGUCCAAGUGGCUUGGAAAUCAGAUGUCGCCUCUUCAGAGUAUUCCUCCAUGGGCUAUUGCCAUCGUCCUGUGUCUGAUGAUAGCUACCUUUACGGAAUGCACCAGCAACGUUGCCACGGCAACGUUAUUUCUCCCUAUACUCGCAUCAAUGUCCCAGUCUAUAGGUAUCAACCCUCUCUAUGUUAUGGUCCCGUGCACCCUCAGUGCAUCCUUUGCAUUCAUGCUUCCAGUGGCAACCCCUCCAAAUGCCAUAGUCUUCUCAUACGGCUACCUGAAAGUGUCUGAUAUGGCAAAGACAGGCAUUGUCAUGAACAUCAUCGGUAUUCUCUCAAUUACCUUGGCUAUUAACAGCUGGGGCAAAGCUUUAUUCCAUUUAGACACCUUUCCCAGCUGGGCCAACACUACAGCUGUGUGAGAAAGAGACUGAAGUUCACCAUCAAGCUGCUGUCAAACUACAGCACUCCACACUUCUCACCAUCUGCAUUUUCAUCUCAAACUGAGGAGGCCCAGCAGGGUUAAGCCAGUGGCUGAGAAUCAGGGAGUGUGACUACUUGCACAAUGAAACAGUUGUUUUUAAAUGUAAAUCUGUAUAGCUGUAAAUCUGGGGGUAAAGUUAAAAUAAAAAAAUGUUAAAGCUUCAAAAGCAACAAUUCUUCAGUGUUCAUAAGAGAAAUAUGUGUGUAAAGUCAAAAGGCUGACAUCAUAUUGUAUCAUGAAAAUGUAUAUAAAAAAAAACAUUUAAUCAUGUAGAUAAAAAUUUAUUUAAAAAGAAAUGAUGACCCUGCUAAAAAAAUAAUAAAACCAUUACAGUAAAUUCUAAUGUUCUAAUGGAACAUGGCCCAAAACACACUACAGUGUAUUGGUUUUUGUUGUUCUCUAAUGGUAUGUAUUGGUUCUAUGUAUUGGUUCUAAUGGAAUAUGUAUUGGUUCUAAUGGAAUAUGACCCAAAACACACUACAGUGUAGUUUUAAUGGUAAAAAUGAAUGGUUCCUAUUGGUAUUUUGAUAGAAACCAUUAGAAUUUUCUGUAAUGGUUUUAUUGGUUUUUUUCCAGCAGUUAUUAUGAGAAUGAAAUAGACAUUUUAAAAAAUGAAGUUAAAGUGAACUACAUCAGUAAGAUACAAUAAAACAAUUGUCAAUCAAUAGUUUUAUUCUCAGAACUGUGACCUUAUUCUAGUCAUUUUUACUAGAUUUUUUAAAUGGCACUUAAAAGCGCUGUUCAUGUAAAUUAACAUAUAUGUAUUAAUACAUUUAUGUAACAAAAUUAUAUUUUGUUUAUAUUCUGAAUAAAUUUUCUUUUAAAUAA